UUGACUGGAAUCGCGUGUUAGCUCCUUUUGUUCGUUAGUUCCUGAUGUUGUUGAUUGUGUGAAGAUCUGAAUUUAUGCGGGAUCUAUUAAUCUUACUCACGUUUUUUCGUCGGAGCUGAAUUAAACUCAUCGGGUCUGAAUUAAACUCAUCAUAGCGUGACUCGGCCUCGGAGUACAUGUGAUUUCUGCUGCGGACUCUGAAGUAAUGUAAGCCAGACUUUUUCCUGUCACAGCAGUGUCCAUUGACAAAAUGGGGCUGGACUUUGACGUUAAGACAUUUUGCCACAACCUGCGGGCUACCAAACCCCCCUACGAGUGCCCAGUGGAAAGUUGCCGUAAAGUCUACAAAAGCUACAGUGGCAUUGAGUAUCACCUCUACCACUAUGAUCAUGACAACCCACCCCCUCCCCAAGGCACCCCCCAGAAAAAGCGGAAGGGUCGACCGCCUAGGGUCUCCUUGGCGGGGUCAGGCGAUGGCCCCGAUUCUAGUACAGGUUCCGGAAUUACUGGGCAAGGCGCUACACCAGGUAGCCCGGCCGAGCGUUCUGAACACUCCCAUUCGCCCGUUAGAGAGACGAUGACCUAUGCUGAAGCUCAGCGAAUGGUCGAACUGGAGAUCCGUGGACGAGUUCAUCGCAUUAGCAUCUUUGAGAACCUGGAUGUGCUUUCAGAGGAGGACAGCGGGGCUGAAGAUCCCCCAUCCUCAGGAAUGGGGGGCCCUACCGCUUGUAACGGCGGUGGAAGUGAGGCUGGAGGAAUUGGUAAGGACAGAUUGGACAGCUCUGCAACCAAUGGGGAGAAAGGGCCUCAAAAAACAGGAAAGCACAAAAGCAAAGAGAAGAAAAAAGACAACAGCACACACCAUCACGUGAACCCACCUGGACCAGCUGUGAAGCUUCCUGAAGUGGUCUUUCGAGAGCUGGAUCAGGAGAGACCGGAUGCCCCUACUCGACCCACAUCUUACUACAGGUACAUUGAUAAGUCUGCAGAAGAGCUGGAUGAGGAGGUGGAGUAUGAUAUAGAUGAGGAAGACUACAUCUGGCUAGGGAUCAUGAAUGAAAAACGUGAAAAAGAUGGGGUUGCCUCCAUCCCUCAGGAGGUCUUCGAGUAUCUAAUGGAUCGACUGGAGAAGGAGUCGUACUUUGAGAGUCACAACAAGGGUGACCCAAGCUCUCUGAUUGAUGAAGAUGCAGUGUGCUGUAUCUGUAAUGAUGGCGAGUGUCAGAACAGUAAUGUCAUCCUGUUCUGUGACAUGUGCAACCUGGCAGUUCAUCAGGAGUGUUACGGCGUUCCCUACAUUCCAGAAGGCCAGUGGCUGUGUCGCCGCUGUCUGCAGUCUCCUUCCAGAGCAGUGGACUGUGCCCUCUGCCCCAACAAGGGUGGUGCUUUUAAACAGACAGACGAUGCCCGCUGGGCACAUGUAGUAUGUGCCCUCUGGAUCCCGGAGGUAUGUUUUGCCAAUACGGUCUUCCUUGAGCCUAUAGACAGCAUUGAGCAUAUUCCCCCAGCCCGCUGGAAGCUAACCUGCUACAUCUGUAAACAACGUGGCUCUGGUGCCUGCAUCCAGUGUCACAAAGCAAACUGCUACACUGCCUUCCACGUCACCUGCGCCCAGCAGGCCGGCCUUUACAUGAAAAUGGAGCCAGUUCGUGAAACGGGUGCUAAUGGGACUUCGUUUAGCGUACGCAAGACUGCAUACUGCGACAUCCACACCCCGCCUGGCUCUGCCCGGCCACUUGGAGGAGUGGGAGGGGCCAGUAUUGACUCCUCACACAGUGAGGGGGAGGCAGAGGAUGAGGAUGAAAUUGUGGGUGGUGAGGAGGAAGGAAAGGGAUGGAGCUCAGAGCGAGCGAGGAGAGUAAAAGCGAAAUCACGGCUGAAGAUGAAAAAGGCAAGAAAGAUACUGGCUGAGAGGAGAGCAGCCGCACCUGUGGUGUCCGUGCCGUGCAUACCACCCCACAAGUUAAGUAAGAUCACGAGUAACCUGACAGUACAAAGGAAAAGUCAAUUCAUGCAGAGACUGCACAGCUACUGGACACUGAAGAGACAGAGCCGCAAUGGAGUUCCUCUCCUCCGACGUCUCCAGACGCACCUGCAGUCCCAGCGCAAUGCUGAGCCGCUCCCCGCCGUCAACACAAGGGACUGUGAAGAGAAACACUCAGUGUUGAAGGAGCAGUUGAAAGCGUGGCAGAGACUCCGUCAUGACCUGGAGAGAGCCCGACUGCUGGUGGAACUCAUACGCAAGAGAGAGAAGCUCAAGAGAGAGACAAUAAAGGUUCAGGAGAUGAUGUUAGAGAUGCAGUUGACUCCAUUCCUGAUUUUAUUACGUAACACACUGGAACAGCUGCAGGAGAGAGACAUCAGCAAUUUCUUCACUGAGCCUGUACGAUUAAGUGAGGUUCCAGAUUACCUGGACCACAUUGAGCGGCCAAUGGACUUUCAGACGAUGUGGAAAUGUUUAGAGUCACAUCGAUAUCUCAGCUUUGAAUCUUUUGAGGGUGACUUUCUGCUCAUCGUCAACAACUGUCUGAAAUACAACGCCAAAGACACAAUCUUCUACCGUGCUGCGCUGCGAUUACGAGAAACAGGUACUGCUGUUUUACGACAAGCUCGCAGACAAGCGGAGAGGAUUGGCUAUGAUUACGAGACGGGCAUGCAUCUUCCCAGAGAGCCAAGCCCAGAGUCACCACAUGAACAUGAGAGAGAGAGAGACAGAGAACGAGAGAGAGAGAGAUCAGCAUCGGCUGCUGAAGACGAUCUCAUGCCGGAGAACCGUCGGCGUUUGCCUUUGGAGGAACAGUUGCUGAUCCUGCAGGCACGUUAUGAUGAAGUCAUGUCAGGAAAGCACAGCAUCGGUCAGUCCCGCCGAGCGAAAGCCUUGAAGAAGGAGAUGACGGUUAUUAAGCGGAAACUGGCCCAGGGUGUAUGUGGUUUGGGCAACCACGAGUCAGGUGUGUCGCUGGAACGUAGCUCAGUCCUCGCUCAUCACGCCUCUAUGAGUGGCCGUCACGAUGAUGGAGAGAGCAGCAGUCACGAGAUCAGUGGUAAAGAUCUUAGUGUGUCCUCUUCUGCGCUGGCCCCUGAAGUUGGUCGUCGUACAUCUGUCCUCUUCUCGAAGAAAAAUCCCAAAGCCGCGGGGCCUCCUAAGCGUCCAGGCCGACCACCUAAGAACCGAGACUUGUUACAUGGACCGGGGGUGCUGAGCUCCAAUCAAGUGGGUCCACCUCAGCUGCCCUCCCUCACCCAAUCACGCAAGAGACCCCACAGCCCACAGUCCAGCUCCAGCUCGGAGUCUGACAGUGAACAUGAUCACCUCAUACUGGAUCUACACAGUAAUGGUUUUGGUGAAAGCAGUCGGCCGGUGACUGAGAGUUUUCUGGUGUACCGGAAUGAACGCAGUCUGCCGCGCUCCAGCUCCGACUCUGAAUCCACCAGCAGUAGCAGCAGCAGUGCUGCAUCUGACAGGACCAGUACUACUCCCUCUAAACAGGGCCGUGGAAAAGCCUCAUUCUCCCGCUCAACAUUUCAGGAGGACAGCAGCGAGGAGACGUCUGGGACAGAAAAUGACUCUUACUCCAUGGGUGGAGCCAGAGGGGUUUCUCACUUGGUUCGAGGCAGAAGCCGCUCGGGAUGCUGGAUGAGUUCUGAUGAGUACAAUGCUCUAGACGCUCUUGUUCUGGUGUGGGCCAAAUGCAGAGGAUACCCCUCUUAUCCUGCACUGAUCAUUGAUCCUAAAAUGCCACGAGAAGGAGUGUUUCACCGGGGUGUCCCGAUCCCUGUCCCACCUCUAGAGGUGCUAAAACUAGGAGAGCAGAUGACCCAGGAGGCACGGGAACAUCUAUUCCUAGUGCUGUUCUUUGACAACAAGAGAACCUGGCAGUGGCUGCCACGCUCCAAACUGGUUCCUCUCGGUGUCAAUCAGGAUCUAGAUAAGGAGAAGAUGUUGGAAGGGAGAAAGUCAAACAUCAGGAAGUCCGUUCAGGUGGCGUACCACCGUGCCAUGCAGCACCGCAAUAAAGUCCAAGGCGACCCAAGCAGCGAUACUAGUGACAGCGACUGAACACAUGCACACACAUGAACCCAUUUAAUGUCCCAAACAGAAAGGACUGCGAUGCUUCUGAAUUGAAAACACACUUUAAUACUUUCUCUACUCUGGUGCUAAACUAUCGGAUGGUCAUGGACACGGGAUGGUUGUUUUUACGUGUACACAGAAGAUGUAUGUGAUGUUUUUCAGGUACAGCCACAAAUGUAGGACAAAUAUGUGGUCCAUUUACCUCACACUACAGCCAGUAUUGUGUAUAUCAUGAACACACUUUUGAUGCUCGCAUCAAAUGCGAUUUUAAAAUCAACCACACAAUUUAGCUAUACCAUGUGUACUGCUGACUGUAUGUGUGUGUGGUGGUUGUGUGAGAGAGAGAAUUCAUGUAAAUGUUGAUAAAUGAGCUUAAAACGGAAAGCAUGCUGUGCUUUCAUACAGAGGACCCACGCUUAAUAGCGAAAAUGUAUUUAUUAUGUUCUUCCAAAUGACACAAACUCCCAUCUGCCCAUAAAUGCAUUCAUACACAGUCUUAACUCGCGAGUCUGUGUGUCUGUCUAUGUUUGUUGUGUAUAUUUCUCUUACACUUGUGUUGUUUAUUAUGAAUGAAUGAAUACAUUGAUGACUAACUGUAACGUCUGCCCGUGUGACGGUUCUAGCACUGUAGAACAUACAGGCCAUAGACUUUAAUAAAAAAUGUUUGAGAUUUUGUA